UUCCCUGGGUCAGAGGAAGGACUUGAAGCCUCCCAGGAGCUCUCCCAGGCCCGAGGUAGCCUCCGUCGCUGGCAGUGCCCAUCCCGCAGCUCCAGCAUCGUACCCUGAACGGCAAUGGCAAGGGCGGCCCUAAGCAGCUCUUCUGAGCACGCCAGCGAUCUGAGACAUUCUGAAGGACUCGGGACAGCAGAGAAGCGAGGGCGGAUGCAGAUGGAAAGACGCUCUUCUUCGCCUUUUUUGUAGAGUUGGGUUUGAUCCCAGUGCUCUCUCCAACGUUUUGCAGAAUCAUACAGAGGAGCAGCUAGAUGAGCGGCCCGUCUCAAGGAGGGAGAGAGACGAUUUGGAGGUUAUUUCAGAAAAAAUGUUCAAAUCUGGUCCUCCUCUGCUCCUUCCUGCCCAAAGCUCCUGGAUGAUGGCGCCUGGUCUCCUACCCACCACCAGGGCGCUGCCUCACUUCUCGGAAGUCCCCUGAGGCCCUCGGAUGGCUCAUGCGCUGCUGCCCGGUGACACGGGGCUGUUCCCGUCAUCAGGCCCCUUGGAGGAAGUCCCAACUCUCCAGCCAGCCUUGGGAGAGCCUCGGUUGCCCCGAAGGAAGCUGUUUCCGUUAGCCACAGGGGCGCCGCUGGGGGAUGAUCAUUGGAAAACUGACGUCUUCUAGGAAGCCGGGAGGGAGAGCAGUUGUGGGGGGAGGGGAGGAAGCUGGGCUAAUUGUUACAGCCGGGAGGCCAGGGAGUGUCCAAGGAUUCCCAGAGUUCUUAGAGAGGGAGGGGGGUCCACAAUAAUCUCCAGAAAUCCCCGGUGGGACACGGAAUCCCGGAGCUUCUUGGUUUCCUAAUCAUGGCUUCUCCACAGAUAUUCUAAUGUAAGAAGCCACGUUAUGAAAAGCAUCUGAGUCAGGAAGAGAGAUCACAGGACCAUAAGCCUAGACCUAAAAUGAGGCAGAAGUGCCUCAUUUUACACGGGAGGAAAAUGAGUCUUAGAGGGAGAGGAAGGGGCCCAGCCAGGGCGGCAGGUCCCUGUGGCCAGGUGACUGAUCCGGGGCAAGUUCCUGGCGCUCUCAUCCCCUUUUCCUUCUCUGUAAAAAGGGAGCCUCUGCCCUGCCUGUGUGGAGGCCUCUCCUCCCCUCCCCUAGCACGCAAGCAUGCUUCGCAUUCGGGGCUCUCCCUGGUGGUCACAGGUUUGACCCGCGUCUCUGCCCCUCCCGCUCCCCACCGCUGGGGAAGUCUGGAAGCAGGCGUGGGAGGGAGGAACUAUAAAAAGAAACGCCGUCCUGGGCGGGCCCAGAUACGUCCAGAGAGAGCCAGACCCACGCCAUGGCCUGGAGGAAGCCCCGGGCAGGAGGCCUCAAGGUCCGGGCUGCCUCGCUCCUCUUCUCAGGGCUGCUCUCGCUGGUCCUGAGCUCGCCUCUGGCCAGGGAUGCAGAUCAGGCCUGCCCAGAGCCGGGCUUGCAGGUGACGUUGAAGAGGACCGAGUCUGGGAUCUCAAAGGAUGGGCCCCUGACCCUGACCUGCACCGGCUGCAGCCCAUUUCCCCACUCCAGCAUCAUGUACUGGCUGGGCAACGGUUCCUUCAUAGAAGACCUGCCUGGAGCCCUACUGGAGGGCACGACUUGGAGGCAGCCUCAGAGCCAUGUGACCUGGCUCCAUCGAGACCUAGUGCUAGAGGAGUCCAGCCCCUCGCUCAUAGCCACCAACUUCUCCUGUGUCCUGGUGGACCCGGGCCAGCUCACUCAGCACCACAUGCUCCUGGCCCAGCUCCUGUUCCAGCAGGAGUUCGGGCCAAGAACAUCCCAAACUCUGCCUGUCAGUCACCAGCCGGGGAACCCCAGUGCGGCCCCAUCUCCCACUACCUCAGAGCCCUGGGAAGAAGCCAGCCACACCUCUCCCUAGAUGGCAGACCAAGCCUGACUGGGCAAGACAGCAAGCAGGGGAGCAGGAGCCCCUCCAAUAAAGUGUUAUCCCAA